AUGAGAAAACUUCAGCAACAUUUUAAUCAGCAUGUUUUCAAGAUGGAACAAGAAGAAUAUACAAAGGAGGAAAUAGACUGGAGUUACAUACAGUUUGAGGACAAUCAAGACAUUUUAGAUCUGAUUGAAAAGAAACCUGGUGGAGUGCUUGCUCUUCUGGAUGAGGCUUGCAUGUUUCCAAGAGCUACACAUGAAACAUUUGCAGAAAAGCUUUAUCAGACAUUCAGUAACCAUAAACGUUUUAGCAAGCCAAAGCUGGCAAAAACAGAUUUCACCAUUUGUCACUAUGCUGGUGAUGUGACGUAUCAAAGUGAGUUUUUCUUGGAUAAGAACAAGGACUAUGUUGUUGCAGAGCAUCAAGCACUCUUAAAUGCUUCAACGUGCCCAUUUGUAGCAAACUUAUUCCCACCAACGCCAGAGGAUUCAUCUAAAUCAUCAAAGUUCUCAUCAAUAGGUUUAAAGUUCAAGCAACAACUACAAGCUUUGCUUGAGACACUCAGUCAUACAGAACCGCAUUAUGUUCGUUGUGUCAAACCCAAUAGCCUUUUGAAGCCUGAUAUCUUUGAGAAUCCGAAUAUACUUCAACAACUUCGAUGUGGGGGUGUUAUGGAGGCAAUCAGAAUCAGUUGUGCAGGGUUUCCUACUCGUAAACCUUUCACUGAAUUUGUAGAACGCUUCAAAAUCCUCGCACCUGACGCCGUAGCAAAAUUGAACGAUGAUGUCGCACGUUCAAAGAUGCUAUUAGCAAAGGCAAAACUUGAAGGUUAUCAGAUUGGUAAAACAAAAGUUUUUCUGAGAGCUGGUCAGAUGGCGGAGCUAGAUGCUUUCAGAACUCAGGUUUUAGGAAUAUCUGCAACAAAACUCCAGUCAAAAUAUAAGUCACAUGCAGAACACGGGAAGUAUGUUAUGUUACAACAAGCAGUUGUUCCUGUACAGACUAUCUGUAGAGGGCAAAUUGCACGCAAACGGUUUGAACACCUAAAGAGAGUAGCUGCAUGUGUAGUCAUCCAGAAAAACACACGUAUGUUUCUGAAACUAAAAUGUUACAGGGCUGUAUAUGAUUUGGCUACUAGACUCCAGGCUAGUAUCCGUGGGAAGGCUGCAAACAGUAAGUAUCUUUCCCAGAAACAAACAGAUGCAGCAGUUGUAAUCCAGAGUAUAUGCCGACAUAAUUUGGCCCACAAUCGUUUUGUCAAAACAAGGAAUGCAGCAAUAGUCACUCAGUCUGUUUGUAGAACAAAUUUAGCACAUGCAGAAAUAACCAAGCUUAGAAAGGCUGCCAAAUCAAGUGUUGCUCUGGAAGCCAAAAAUAAAAAGAAUGAAGAGAUGCAAGAACUGAUCUCCCAACUGGAGGCGAAAGAUAAAGAAAUUGCAAAGCUAGAAUCUUAUAUAAAAGAGAUCACAGAGUAUCCCAUAAAGGAAGAGGGCGCUUCAGAGAUAGAAAAAGGACAGCUUCCUCGACUUGAAGACAUUCCUAUUACUGGCAAUGAGACAGUUGAUAAGCUUACUGCUGAAAAUAUCAGACUCAAGUACAUGGCCAGUGCCCUGCAAAAGAAAUUUGAUGAGGCCCACAAGCUGUGUGAAGAGAGGUCACAGCAAGCAAGGGAUGCAGAGGCAAUGGUAAUCGAGCUCAAGACCUCCAUGCAAAGCCUUCAAGAAAAAGUUUGUGACCUGGAGGAGGAGGAAUUUAUUCUGCGCCAGCAAGCCAUGAUGAAGUCAGGUUCUAUGAUGGUUAAGGAUGAAGAAAACGGUCUACAUGGAAGUCCAAUGACUCCUGGACGUAUGAAGAAAUUCAACAGCAGUUUGAGGCGUUCUGCCAAUGAAAAGCAUAAUGAGAAUGUUGAUGCUCUUAUUUCGGCUGUUAGACAAGAGAUGGGUUUCAGUCAAGGAAAACCAGUUGCCACUUUAAUAAUAUACAAAAGCCUUUUACACUGGAAAACUUUUGAAGCUGAAAAAACAAGUGUAUUUGAUCGUCUUAUUCAGAUGAUCGGUUCCGCUAUUGAGAAAGAGCAUGACAAUAAACAUUUGGCAUAUUGGCUGUCUACCACAUCUACAUUGCUAUUUUUGCUUCACAAGAGUUUAAGCCCUUCUCAUGCAAAAGCACAUUCACCAUCAUUAUUUGGAAGGAUGACUCAGGGAUUUAAAUCGUCUUUCAAUGACAUAGUGCGCCACGUAGAGGCCAAGUACCCUGCUUUGCUUUUUAAGCAACAACUAACUGCUUAUGUUGAAAAAAUCUAUGCAAUUAUGCGUGACAAUUUGAAGAAGGAGUUAGCACCCGUUCUUACUAAUUGUAUUCAGGCACCAAAGACCACAACAAACGGGCCUCCUCCAUCUAGUCACUGGCUAAUUGUUAUUCAGUGCCUAAAUAUCAUGCUCGAUAUAUAUAAAAGUUACAAUGUCCCAUCAGUCCUUGUUCAGAAGAUGUUCACUGAAGCUUUCUCUUACAUCAAUGCACAGAUUUUCAACAGCCUUUGCACACAACCAGAGUGUUGCACCUUCAGAAACGGGGAAUAUGUGAAAGGAGGGUUAGGUCAGUUAGAGCAAUGGUGUACUCAGAUCACAGCAGAGUAUGUAGGUUCAUCAAUGGAUGAACUUCAGCACACAAAGCAAGCAGUUGGAUUUCUGAUUAUACCACAGAAGCCUAAAAUUGGAUACGAUGAACUCACAACUAAGCUGUGCCCAGUUCUAAGUGUUCAACAACAUCAUAGACUUUGCACCUUCUAUGUGGAUGAUCACAAUACUGGAGGUGUAUCUCAAGAAGUUAUUCAUAACUUAAACGUGUUAUUGAAAUCUGAAGGUGAUACUCAUAGUAAUGCUUAUUUGCUGGAUGACAAUUCUAGUGUUCCAUUUUCAACCGAUGACAUUAACCAUUGCCUCCAUGAGAAAGACUUUUCAGAUAUGAAACCAAGUGGUGAACUCCUUGAAAAUCCAGCUUUCCAAUUUUUACUGGAGUAGGGUGUGGUUAUUUUUGCAUAUCAAAAACCACAUUGUACAUUUUUUUUUUCUUUCUAGAUUUAGUUUAGGCUACUCAUUAUUUUAGUAGGAUCGAGUGUAAAGCAUUAUGUUAGGUUAGACAUGUAAAAUUCAUAGGUUAUUUUAGGUAAAAAUAUAGCAACGCAGGGAAUCUUCAUUGUGUAAUGUA